AUGUUUGUUGAUAGUGGGUCUGGUACAAGUUGGACUUUGUAUCCUACUUUGAGGACGAUUGGGCAUACUGGUGGGGCUGUAGAUUUAGUUUGUUUUGGGUUGCAUGUGGCUGGGGUUUAUAUUCUUAUUUUGCCUGCUUUUGGGAUUGUUAGUCAUAGAAUUUUGUGUUUAACUGGUAAAAAGGAGGUGUUUGGUCAUUUGGGUAUGAUUUAUGCUAUUAUUUCUAUUGGUUUAAUUGGUAGGGUAGUAUGGGGUCAUCAUAUGUUUACUAUUGGUUUUGAUAUAAGAACACAUAAUGUGGUUCAUGAUAGUUAUUUUGUUGUGGCCCAUUUUCAUUAUGUUUUAAGUAUGGGGGCUGUUUUUGGAAUUUUGACUGGGGUUAAUUUAUGGUGGGGAGUAAUAACUGGUUGUGUUUUAUCGAAGGUUAAGAUGAUGGCAGCUUUUAUUUUUAUAUUUAUUGGGGUUAAUUUGACUUUUUUUCCUAUACAUUUAAGUGGGUUAAAGGGUAUACCUCGUAAGAUUGUGGAUUAUCCUGAUUAUUACUUG